UACCACGACACGUUCGGGCUUACAUAGGUGCUAUUACCAUUUCUUAAAGGGUUCAUCCUCUAGCGACACCACAAUUCAUCGGCCCACGCGAAUUUGAAUACUAUCUUGCAUGCGCUGCCUGCGUCAGCUCUCCCUUGCUUUGCUGUGUGUCACAGCAUGGGCUCUACACGAAUCUGAUGUGGGUGUGGUGGAUUGGAAUGCAAAAUUGAUCGGUGUACCGCUGGAUGGCUCUCCAUAUACUGCACCCACAUUUAGUGGUGAUUAUAUUCUGACCGCUACGAGCAACAAUGUAUUGGCAGCAUUGAAUGCCACGGAUGGCUCUAUAGUGUGGAGAAGUAUAUACGAUGCAGAGGACCCAAUCAUGGCCUUCAGCCAUGAUGAUAAUAGCGUGUCUUCUCUAUCUGGACCGGGAGGGUCAAUUUUGCGCACGUAUGAACUGAAAACUGGCCACCUUAUAUUGGAGAAACAACUACACAGACCGGUGGAUGGAAAACUCCAUGAACCUCGAAAUCUUGGCAUUUCGCUACUGCGUUCUACUGACCCUUCCCUCAACACAACGGGUUAUCUCGCAUUGACAAAUGCAGACUCUGUCACCCGUCUGGAUGAGACUGGGGAAACUCUGUGGUCAUGGAACUCUCCAGAUCAAGCGUCCUUGGUUUUGUAUUCUCACAUCAUUGCCGACCAAUCAACUGUGUAUCUUCUGGGACUUGCGAAAUCAUUUGCAUCCUAUACUUUGCACGUUACGACAUUAUCAGCGAGCACAGGCGAAAUCAUCGCAUCUGUCAACAUUCCGGCGAACAUUAAAGAUGAAACAUCCAAAUUUGUUGCUGUUAGCUCCCAGACAGGACCUACAAUCAGUGUCUGCGCCAACUGGCUUGAAGACGGUGUCCUUAAGGCUGCCGUAUUAACGCCUGAUUUGAAAGGUCAAAUUAUGGCUCUUCCGGGCGUCAAAUACGAUAGGAUUAGUGAGUUUGGCCUUUCGAAUAACGGUCAAUUCCUUGCGAUCAAGGAAGGAGGUGCUGCGCACGUCAUGCACUUUGAUGCACAGGCAUCUUCGCUUCAGCCAAUCUGGGAAUUCGGUGACGCGGCCCCUUCGCAGGUACAAUCGGAUUCUCAUUUCGUGGGAAGCCUUAGCCGAGAUGGCCAACCGCGAGUUGCGCGUGUUUAUUGGUCGAACGCUCAUAAUAAAGCUAUCCACCAAACUCUUGCUAUCCAGUUAUCUGAGGGCAAGGCCUCAGCCUCUGGUUUUGCGUUUCCCUUCCAGACUCUUGACCACGGUGUCAUCCGGCACGUGGCGUUUGACGGCUCGAGCACGGGCGAAACGCAUGCGAAUACUCGCAUGUUGUUGACCACCACGACAGGUUCGAUACAACUUUGGCAACAUGACGAAAUGCGGUGGGUUCGGGAAGAAGCAUUGGCAUCCAUUCAAGUUGCAGAGUUUGUAGAACUUCCUGAGAAGAAGGUUGUCAUGUCCCAUGCUGUGGAUGAGGAAGGUUACUUUGAGCGGCUUCAACGUCAGUUAUCUGACGCCAAGAAUCUUCCUCGAUACUUGGCAAACUUUGCUAGACGUUUCGCAACUGGCUCAUAUGCUACUGUGACUACGUCGGCUGCAUCUUUCUCGGAUGAGGAUACACUCACGCGCGACGCUUUCGGCUUCCGACAGAUCAUAGUGGCAGCUACAGCUCAUGGGAAAGUCUUCGGCAUUGACUCCAGCAAUGGUCGAGUCUUAUGGAGUCGCGUGCUUGGCCUUGGUUGGGCAGCAAAAGUUGGCGGGACAAUAAUUCCUAUCAAAAUGUUCGUCACGCGGACAGUAAGCGAUCCAGAAGGACCUCAAAUAGUGCUCGUCACACAACGCCGGGCUGACAAUUCUCUUAUUGACACCGUGCUGUUCCAUGUGAAUGCACUUACGGGAGACGACAUUGGAGAGGAGCACCAGUCUGGUCCUAGAGCUGCUUUGCAAGGCCUCGAUGCUGUCAUGGGUCCGUUGGUCGAUGUUUUCAUGCUUCCCAAUGAGAACCGGACCAUAGUCAUGCUCGAUGAAUACCUUCAGGCGCGCCUCUAUCCAGACACUCCAUCAGCUCAGGCUGAGCUUGAAUCACUCGUUCCAUCCAUAUAUCUCGCUCUCCGCACGGAUGUUCCUGGCCAGCGCCAGAUCUUGGGCCAUCAACUCGCCCUAAAUCUCGAGCUGUCUCAGUUCUGUGUUGCUUAUCCAACAUGGGCACUUUCAUUGCCACCAAAAGAGGAAAUUCACGCCAUCAUACCGAACACACGCGGUCCCGUUGCAUCGAUUGGAAAGGUCCUCGGAAACCGUAUGACACUGUACAAGUAUCUUAACCCCCACCUGACACUAGUCCUCACGUCUUUCCCACCAUCCGGCACAUGUGGUAUAUAUGUGUUGGACGUGGUCAAAGGUAGUGUGAUCUACCAUGCUAGUGUCCCUGCUGCCAAUGGCGUAUGCGACGUGCAAGCAACUCUCACUGAGAAUUGGCUGAUAUACCAUUACUUUGAUGAUGAUUUUUCUGGGACUGGGCAGAGUAAAGGAUAUAGAGUCGUCUCUGUCGAGUUUUACGAGGGUGAUGGACCGGAUGACAAAACAAAAAGCUCUGAGCUCUCGUCAUAUUCCAACAAGACGUUGCAUAUCAGCACAUACGAACAAUCGUUUAUCAUGCCUCACGGCAUCGCCGCUAUAUCCCCAACCUCGACGAAGUUUGGAGUAUCAACAAAGGACAUCAUAGUUGCAAAUCACAAGAACAGCAUUCAGUCUAUUCCUCGGCGAUUGCUCAAUCCAAGAAGGCCGAAGCACAAGCCUACUAGUGAAGAGCAGGAAGAGAUGCUUGUACAGUAUGAUGCUGUACUGCCAGACGAUGCCCGACUCGUGCUUUCACACAACUACGAGGUUCGUUUCACACUUUCAGUCCCCGAAGCACGCAAUAUUCACGCGCUUUACAGGUCGCAAACGUCCGCCGCAUCGUUACCUUCUCCAUCUCUGCUAGAGUCCACAUCGCUGGUCUUUGUUUACGGCCUGGACCUCUUCUUCACGCGAAUUGCGCCUUCGGGCACGUUUGACGUUCUCAGUGAGAAUUUCAAUAAAGUGCAACUUGUGCUGACGGUUACUGGCUUGGGGAUUGCGAUUAUGGUGACGAAGCCUAUGGUGCGACGGAAAUGGCUGCGCGAGCGCUGGUACCAGUAGCGUACCGUCACCAUUGUACUUGUUCAGAAAUACAAGUAGUUCAGGAAACCAAUUGUCAGGUCCUUUGCACUUCUAGGCACAUCUGUGAAAAAAAUGGAAUAUGAAAAUUACAUACGUGCUGCGAGAUCCUGUUCGAGGACUGCAUCAUCUUUG